AUGCCAAGAUCUUUUCGCACAAGUAUACCUUCACCAGUUGAUUUGGAGAUAGAGAAAUCUUCAAAACAAAAAAGGAAGCAAGCCAAACUUUUAAAGAAACAACAAUUCAGAGCUUCUUCAUCAAAUCCAUCAACCACAUCUUCUCCAGCAUCCAAAAGUAUCACCCCACCAUCUUCACCUACUCCUACCAUGGCAGACAACCAUGGAGGAAACCAAAAUCCUCCAAACCCACCACCUGAACAAACCUUUAGACAAGUUCUUAUCAAAAACAUGGCAGAAGAGUCCAAGCAUACAACUCAAGAAGAAGAAUGGUACAGUGAUGCACCAAGGAUAGUGAAGGAAAUUUCUACUCCAAUAAUUGAGAGCCAACUGUCUGAGUUGACUAAAGUAGUGAUGAUGCUUGCUAAGGACAAGGGUGUGCAGCCCACACCCCGCCCUUAUGGUAUUUGCACUCAAGUAGGGCACCCAACCGACAUAUGCCCUCAACUUCAAGAUGAGGAUUAUGAAGAAGCAAAAGCCAUGGGAGGAUUUUCUGGGUCAAAUAAAAAAGGAUACGAUCAGCCACGAGGCGACCACAGAUGGAACAACAAUCGAGGGUGGGGAGGAAAUCAACAGGGAAGUUAUCAACCAACAAAAAAGGUUCCUUCUGAUGUUCAAUAUGUUAAUCUUGUGAAUAUGAUCCAGCCAUUGGUUGAAAAGAGCUUAAACUUGAUUAACCAUGAUUUUAUGGAGUUAGUUUUUUCACAAAAAUUAGACAGGGACAAAGCCAAAGAACUUGCAAAGGAGUGCGGUAUAAGAGAGGAUGUGUUGGAGAUUUUGAAGUUCAAUGAUGAUAAAAACAUACGGAUUGAUGGAAGAGAAGUAGAAUCACCUAUUACCAAAGCCAAAUUCCUUCCACUGGUAGAACAAGCACAAGAUUCGGGAGCAAAAACUCCACCGGACCCUUUAAAGAAUAUACAUGGCGUGCAGGAUAAGCUUGGGGAAGCAUUGUGGAAGAGAUUACAAGUGAUUUCAAGCACCAAUUUCGUGUUUCAAGCUCUAAAUCGGUUGCAUACCCGAAUUACCACAAAAACAGUCGAAAAAGAAUUCAAAACAACCCCAAAAUCAAGUUUCCUUCCGAGGACUGGAGAAGACGAACAGCGACACGACAACCUCUGUAAGAUGGAUGAUUAUACUAGAGAAAUGAUGGACCUGAAGACCCUUGUCACUCGAACCCUAGAAAAGAAAGGGGUUCUCGCUAAGAUCCGAGCUGAGCUGAGAGCAAGUGUAUUUGAGGCAAUAGAGGAAGAGGAUAAGGCAAUUGAACAAGAUGAGGGCCUACCUCCUGCACUGUUGGGUAGCUGCAAUGAUCGUGCAAAACAACUACAUGCUUCCCCUUCAGGUCGGCUUCUAACUGCAUUAAUAUGUGAAUACUUGGAUUGGGCACAACUUGGCCACACACUAAAAGUUUAUUUACCAGAGUGUAAUUUGCAAAAAGACGCAUGGAAAACCGAGUUACGAGAUUUCAGCAACAAAAAUGGAUAUGACAUAAACAGGAAUGGAGAUAGUGGUCCAUUGCUGUUGGAUGUACUUGAAGGGUUCUUGAAAUUUGAGAAUCAAUCUCAAGGAAGAGGUAGCGGAAGGAGAUCCAUGAUUCCGGAGCAGGAUUCCGAUUCCAGAAACCGCAGACCUUCUUCAUCAUCUGUUAUUGGGGGAUUAGCUCCUCUUGGAAGACAAGGUUCUGGUUCCCAGGCAUCUGAUCGAAGAGGUGGAGGGUCUUCGAACUCUAGCUACAAGAAAGAUGAUUACAAUUGGAGAUAUGAAAAUGAUGACACAUCAGAGGAUAUUAAUCGGGCCUCCAUUGCCUUGGAGAAUCUUCAGUUGGAUAGAAAGGCUCGAAAUUUGACCACUUCUUGGCGACAUGGUGGGGAGGGUAGCAAUGAAGAUUGAAGGGUAGAUGUGACAUUUCACAUGUAACUUGAACGAAUCCAAGUACUUUGUAGCUUGUAGCAUGUCGUUCUUCAUAUAUGACUUAUGAGAAAGUUGUUUCAUAAAGAACGGAUGUUUUUCGUGUUUUGCUUUCAAAUGCUUUCUUUAUUCAUGUUUUUUUUUUUCUUUUUUUUUUUAGACUUAAUUAUGUAUUGUUUUUUUGCUCUUCAUUUCCAAGGCUGGAUAUGAUUUAGCAUGAAAACAAGUAUUUGUGUGAUUUAAUACCAUGGUUGUAAUUUGUAAAGUAUUUUGGUAAGUUUGUGUUUCUAGUAUAUGUUCGUGUAAUCUGUUUUAGUUUUUACA